GACGUUUGAUGUUUCAAAGCUCUGGCUGCUGCUGUAUGGUCCGUCUGGUCUCUCUCUCUCUCUCUCUCUCUCCCUCUCUCUCUCUCACACACACACACACUCUCUCUCUCUCUCUCUCUUCAACCUGUCUGCAAAAAUCUAAUGAAUCAUUUCUAGCUGACUCUAAGCAGUGCCCACACACCCAUGCCCUUCAAUGUUGAUUGGAUCCGGCCUCUCUCCCUCCCUCCCUCCCUUGCUUGCUCCCUCCCUUUUUCUCUCCUUUCUCCUCCUCCCUCUGCCUCCAGUUUGUAAUCUGACACACCACACUGCAGUCAGCUCUUCCCUCUCCACUGGGAGCCUCUGGAGGCUGGGAACUGAGAGCAUCUAAGAAAUGGCCUACCACAACUGAGGACAGCAGCUGCCCAGGACAGGUUUGGUCAGGCCCAACUGUGGAAGACCCUCUUCAUGUCCAAAGCUGAGGAACCCAGUUGUACACCUUGGUGGUGAAGGCAGAACAUGUCGGGCUUUGCCACCAGCUCACUGUGGUGACCAGAAAGUGUGAUUCGAUUGUGAAGGAGAACCACUAGCUCCACGCCAAGCUGGAGAACCUAGAACAGGUCCUGAAGCAUAUGCGUGAAGCUGCAGAGCGGAGGCAACAGCUGGAGUUGGAGCAUGAGCAAGCCCUGGCCAUCCUCAACGCCAAGCAGCAGGAGAUCCAACUUCUGCAGAAGGCUCAGGUUGAAGCUAAGAAGGAGCACGAAGGUGCUGUUCAGCUGCUAGAGAACACCCUGGACUGCAUGCAGUCCAAGGUCCGUGAGCUGGAAGAAAAAUGCCGUGUUCAGAGUGAGCAGUUCAAUCUGCUGUCCCAGGACCUGGAGAAAUUCCGGCAGCACACUGGGAACAUUGACCUGCUGGGCAGCAGUUUGGUGGCCUCACUAGAUGUUCCCUCAGCCCCCAGAAAGCCUUUUCCACAGUUCAUGAAUGGACUAGCCACCUCCAUUGGCAAAGGUCCUGAGGGCCCCACUGGACACAACUCUGUGGUUAGUGACUAUAUUGUGCUGCCCAGGGACAAGCUGGAGCCUCCGUGUGUCAAGCCUACCUUCUUAUUGCGAUCUGGAAGCCCAAUAUGCAGAUUUGAGUGCGACAUGGACAAUGACCAGAAUUCCAACACCUCAAAGCAGAGUGGCUCCGCGAAGGUGCACCUAUGCGUUGCCCGCUACAGUUACAAUCCCUUCGAUGGACCCAAUGAAAACCCAGAAGCUGAGCUUCCUCUCACAGCAGGAAAAUACCUCUAUGUCUAUGGAGACAUGGAUGAGGAUGGGUUCUAUGAAGGAGAGCUACUGGAUGGGCAGAGGGGCUUGGUCCCCUCCAACUUUGUGGAUUUUAUCCAAGACAAUGAGUCUCGGUUGGCCAGUACUCUAGGGAGUGAGCAGGACCAGAACUUUCUCAAUCAUUCCAGCAGCCUUGGCCUGGAGAGAGGAACCAUCCUUGACCUCCACUCGCCACCUCACAUGGGCUCAGGCAUCACAGACGACGGUGGGGGAACACUGGGUGUGAGCAUUGACGACAUUGGAGAAGACAUCGUGCCUUAUCCUAGGAAAAUCACCCUUAUAAAACAGCUCGCCAAAAGUGUCAUUGUGGGCUGGGAGCCCCCUGCUGUGCCACCUGGCUGGGGUACUGUGAGCAGCUACAAUGUCCUAGUGGACAAAGAGACUCGCCUGAGUCUUGCCCUGGGCAGGAGAACCAAGGCACUCAUCGAGAAGCUCAACACAGCUGCCUGUACAUACCGCAUCUCUGUGCAGUGCAUCACGAGCCGCGGGAGCUCAGAUGAACUGCAGUGCACACUGCUGGUGGGCAAGGACGUGGUGGUAGCGCCUUCCCAGCUACGUGUAGACAAUAUCACACAGAUCUCAGCCCAGCUGUCCUGGCUGCCCACCAAUAGUAACUAUAGCCACGUCAUCUUCCUCAAUGAGGAGGAACUAGACAUUGUGAAGGCUGCCAGGUACAAGUAUCAGUUCUUCAACCUCAGGCCAAACAUGGCCUAUAAGGUCAAGGUUCUGGCCCAGCCCCACCAAAUGCCCUGGCAGCUGCCACUGGAGCAGAGGGAGAAGAAGGAGGCCUGCGUGGAGUUCUCUACAUUGCCUGCAGGCCCUCCAGCUCCCCCACAAGAUGUCACUGUCCAAGCGGGGGCUUCAGCAGCCACCAUCCAGGUCUCCUGGAAGCCCCCUGUACUGACUCCCACUGGGUUGUCCAAUGGUGCAAAUGUCACAGGCUACGGCGUGUAUGCUAAAGGGCAGAGGGUGGCUGAAGUCAUCUUCCCCACAGCAGAUAGUACAAUGGUGGAGCUUGUGCGGCUGCAGAGUCUGGAAGCCAAAGCUGUGAGUGUGCGCACAUUGUCUGCCCAGGGAGAAUCCGUGGACUCUGUCCUCACCAUCAUCCCCCCCGAACUCCUGGUGCCGCCAGCCCCCCACCCAAGGACUGUUCCCCCACCAAAGCCAUUAGCAAGUACCUUGGAUACCAAAGACCAUCACUUGGGUCCCCACACCAAGUCGGACGAGUCCUGGGAGCAGAGCCGGCCACCUGGCCAUGCACAUGGCCACAUGCUGGAACCACCUGACAUGCACAGUGCCAUCCCUGGCAGAAGGUCACCCUCACCCAGCCGGAUCCUCCCACAGCCACAGGGAGCCCCUGUGUCCACAACAGUUGCCAAGGCCAUGGCCCGUGAGGCUGCACAGCGGGUGGCUGAGAGCAGCAGGUUAGAGAAAAGGAGCUUCUUUGUGGAGCGGAGCAGCACAGGGCAAUAUGCCAAUUCAGAUGAGGAAGAUGGCUAUGCCUCCCCAGAGGUGAAGAGAAGAGGCACAUCAGUGGAUGACUUCCUGAAAGGGUCAGAGCUGGGCAAGCCGCCCCACUGUUGUCAUGGAGACGAGUACCAUACGGAGAGCAGCAGGGGGUCAGACCUCUCAGACAUCAUGGAGGAGGAUGAAGAGGAGCUGUACUCUGAAAUGCAGCUGGAGGAUGGGGGCCGAAGGCGGCCCAGUGGCACCUCCCACAAUGCCCUCAAGGAAUUCCAUAAGACUAGGAGCUCUGACGGCGCUUUCUUGGAACAGUCUGAGUUACCCCAACAGCCCCAUCGCAGUAAGAGACUGUUCAGUAUCCCUGAGGUAGCCGAGGAGGAAACGGAGCACGGAGAGCCACUGCUCAGGCAGGGCAUGGGGGCCUCCAGAGCCAGGGCCCUGCUGGCCAUGGAGCAUGGGCCUAUCCGGCCCUGCUGGGGUCACCAGGCCUCGCAGGGUUCCUGGCUCCCUGCAGAACACAGGGGCUCAGGCGUCCACAUGGAGGACCUCCUUCUGGAAGACAGAGGCUAUCGGUUCAGCCGCUCGGCCACCAGGAGCCCAGACAGCGGCUUAGACUGUGGCAGUGAGGAGGAAGAAUCUCGGUUUAGUUUCAGGAGUGCCGCAGCCAAGUGCAGCCCAGGCCCCAGUCACUGUCCCUGUAGGAGAAGCCCAAGGCCCCUUCUGGCCCGGCGGCGGACGCUGACCCGACAGAGCAGCAUUGAAGAGGACUUUGGGGAGCAGGUGGACCCCAGUGACGUCAUCAGGAGCGAUGACACCCAGCCAAGCCCGGAGAGGCCCAUGCCCAGGAGAGUAAUGGUCUCCCCCAUGAAAUCAGUAAUGAUUACGGCUGCUUUACUUAAAGGACAACUGACUAUUCUAGGAAACCCAGCAUCAGUGGGACGAGUCGACAGGCUGGAGCAUGCGGGCAGGAGGUUUCCUCAUGGGGGUGCAGGUCCUCCGAGGCCGCCGCUGGCAAUGGCCCCAUCCAUUGAUGAAUACACCGGGCGAGACCGCCUUUCUCCAGACUUCUAUGAAGAGUCAGAAACUGAUCCUGGUGCUGAGGAGCUCCCCACCCGGAUCUUUGUGGCUCUGUUUGACUAUGACCCACUUACUAUGUCCCCAAAUCCUGAUGCUGCUGAAGAGGAGCUUCCCUUCAAAGAAGGACAGAUCAUCAAGGUCUAUGGGGACAAAGAUGCAGAUGGGUUCUACCGCGGGGAGACAUGUGCACGGCUUGGCCUCAUUCCUUGUAACAUGGUGUCUGAGAUCCAAGCGGAUGAUGAAGAAAUGAUGGACCAGUUGUUGAGACAAGGCUUCCUUCCUCUGAACACUCCUGUGGAGAAAAUAGAGAGAAGUAGAAGAGGUGGCCGGGUUCAUUCUAUGUCCACACGAAGAAUGGUGGCUCUCUAUGACUAUGAUCCAAGAGAAAGCUCGCCUAACGUGGACAUCGAGGCUGAGCUUCCCUUUUGUACAGGCGAUAUUAUUACUGUUUUUGGUGAAAUUGAUGAAGAUGGAUUUUAUUAUGGUGAGCUGAAUGGACAGAAAGGCCUUGUUCCUUCGAACUUCCUGGAAGAAGUACCUGAUGAUGUGGAGGUCUACCUUUCCGAUGUUCCUUCCCAGUAUUCCCAAGACACGCCUGUACGCUCCAAGGCCAAAAGGAAGAAGAGUGUCCAUUUCACACCCUAAUCAGGCAUGUAGCCUUCACGUAAGUGAGCAACCGAAGACACCUUAGAGAGAUACCGGCUUAAGCUACCCUAAGUGGACAGCAUGGUAGACUUAAGACUUCAAUGUGGGCUUAAAGAAAGAGAAAAGAGAGAGAAAAGAAAUAUGUCUCAAAAACAAAACAAAACAAAACAAAACAUUGGACUUAAAGUAUUAGGCUGCCUCACCUGUUCUCAGUUGCCUAGCAACUGGAUUCAUAGUGAAAUGAAUCAUCUUGAAUAAGCAUUCCCUGCUAUUUCCAUUGAGAGUACCAGAGAGGCCAACAUUGGGAACAUAUUUCUUAAUGAGCUAAUUGUUUACACAGAGUGAGUGCUGCGAUGUGUACUCAUAACAAAAGCUGCAUAUUGCAUUGUUUGCCACUCUUGGGAAAAGCACAAGUUAAUAAAUAUGUUUACUGUAGGAUGUUUUGCUCAAAAUAAUAAUGAUAAACUAUAAUUUGAGAUUGAGUAGUGAACAAAAGUGCCCUGGUGUUGGCGCUGAGUACUCCAAAGUUAGCUGAAACACCAAGUUCCAAUACCUUGGCCUUAUGAGCAAGUGUGUAUUUCACAGUGCUCAGAGCACAUGGAGGUGUGAGACAGGUGUGUUGGUGCACCAAUGCAAUACCAUGUUUCAGAUUCUGCAGCUCCAAUGACUACACUAGCUGGGCUCCGUGGUAUCCUCAGGUGUGCUUUGGAUGCAUUCCUAGGUGUUUUCCAUUAGAAUUAGUCCUUGAUUUUAAAUCCAAGCAAGCUCGAGGCCCCAUACCAUGUGCCUGCCCAAUACCCAGCUCUCACUUGCCACAUGUUUUGCUCUGGCAGUGUUGGUGAACCAGAGAUAUGGUGGUAUUAUAUAAUCACAAAUAUGGGUCCAACUGCAGGAUAAAGUCUUCAUGCAGUGUACCACUUUUAAUAAAUUUCUGAGUCUUUGAGCCACUAUGGGUUGAAUGGCUAAAGUAUGUCAAAACUUAUCAUGCUUUGCUGGGGAAGAGUUAGGUUCAACUAUUUUGAAAUAAUGAAAGCAUACAAAAAGGGCCUUUGAGCUUUCUUUGAUUAUAAUUAAGGUUCAUUUUAGCUUUUUUUCUUUCAAACAGUGUGCCAUCUUCAAAAUUUCUAUAGAAUUCUAGCUGACUCAAGGCUGCACACAACCAUGUCAGGAUCUUACAUACCUACUUUGUAUACCUCCUUUGCAAAUCCAUCUAAAUUCCCAUUAGGAGAGAACUGAUGUGUACCAGGCCAACUUUACUAUCAAUCUGGUUGACAAUAACUUCCCUUAUUUUUAAUCUGAAUUUUUAUAGUCAAUUAUGACCUGGCUUUGUUUGCCAAAGCAAUGGCCACCCUGUCUCCCAAGACAAAGACAGAAAAAGCUAAAUGUGGCAGCCUCUCUCUCUCAGAGGCCUUGGGAGUUGGCGUGUGCAUCUCAUGGCAUACUUUAAAAAUUGAAAGAAACAAAUACCCUUUGCCCUGGCUGGUGGGAGAUGGGGCAGUGUGUGUUUCGGAGUAAAUUGUUGUUGUUGGCGCUCAUGCACUCAAUAAACUGUCACAAUGUGCCUACUAGGUUCCUCCCGAGGGUUCAGGGGCAGCAAGGAGAGCUCCAUCCCCCACAGUCCAUCUCCAUUCGGGGUCACCUACGUCAUCCAUGGGUUCUGGUAGUCCUGGGAGAGGCAGGGAAAUGUCCUCGAAAAAGAAAAAGGGGCUGC